AUGACCGGCGCUUAUUGUCUCCAUCACACCGCCACGCUUUGCCAGAUAAGCGCAAAGUACCAGACGGGAGCUUAUUUUCUUUCCGCUGCGGCUUUUACAGCCUCGCUGCCCCCCCCCCCCCCCCCCCCCAUCCAAUCUCUCACUCUCCAGCCCACCGCCAGACAUGACGAUGGUGGAGACCGCGAGAGCCGCCAAGGAGAGCGAGGUCGCCGAGGUCUGGGCUCUGCUGCAGGUUCCCGCUCCGGAGCUGCCAGAGUGUGGCAGGGCAGGGCAGGGAGGAGAGAUCGGGGAUGUGUGAACCUGGGGUUACGGGGGUGUAAUUUUUCUACAUUCAAGUGCCGAGGGUCUUGGCAGGAGGAGUUGGAUAUAAAAAGACAGACUCGGAUGCUUUUCAUAUGA